UCUCGCUCUCGUUCGCUGUGUGCAAAGUCGAAAAAUUGGGAGUGACCUCACCCAAACUCGUGCUCACCGGGUUGGGGAGGAUACAACUCAAACUCAUCAUCUUCCUCGACAUCAUCGUUGUCAACCUCGAACCUUUGGACUUCAACCAAGACCUAAUACACACAACAACCUUCUCGUUGACGAUCACGACAUAGCCUUUUGGCAAACAGAACUCCAGACCCCCUAGCAUCAACCCACAAACAAAAGUAACAGCACAAACAAGUAACUCAGGAUGUCCGUCUUUACUCGAGAAGCUUUCCAGAUGUCGGCCAUGCCCACCCCGGCCGAGAGCCCCGUCGUCACCCGCCCCUCGACCCCCGGGUUUGACAUGUCCGAGGACGAACACAUCAUCGAGAUCGACGUCGAGAGCGUCUUGUUCGACAUGGACGGGACCUUGAUCAACUCUUCCCCGGCUGUCGUCGUCGCCUGGAAGUUGUUCGCCGAGACUUACCCUCUGGAUCUGGAGGACAUUCUUGCCUCGGCCCACGGAAUGCGAACCAUCGACGUCCUCCGUAAAUGGUGCAAGAUCACCGACCCCAAGCUGCUCGAAUCCGAAGUCCUCCGAUUCGAGACCGCCAUCCUCAACGCCGCCCAGUCCGCCGCCAUCUCCGGUGGACAGGGUAUCGAGACCUUGCCCGGUGUCGCCAAGCUCUUGGACCAGCUCUCUUCGGAAAAGGAGUCCCGUGGAGGUCGAGAGGGAUGGGCGGUCUGCACGAGUUCGACGUUUUUCUACGCGUCCAAGGCUCUGCCUAUCGCCCAGUUGACGACCCCGAAGGUCUUUGUCACCGCCGAGUCUGUCACCAACGGAAAGCCCGCUCCGGACCCAUACCUCAUGGGAGCUAGGGGAUGCAAGGCUUCUCCCUUCUCGUCUUUGGUCGUCGAGGACGCUCCUACGGGUAUCAAGGCCGGUAAGGCCGCUGGAUCGAUGGUCUUGGCCACCUGUACGUCGCACACGGCGGAGCAGCUCGAGAAGGAAAAGCCCGAUUUCUUGGUCAGCGACUUGUCCCACGUCACUGCCAAGUGGAACGGCGAGACCAACACUUUCAGGAUCAGGAUCGAACAGCCUCAAGGCCGAAAGACCCCCGGUGCCACCCCCGACCAGACCCCGGUCGUCACCCCUGCCGUCUCGCGAGCAAACUCCUUCUCGUCCGUCAGCGGUCGAAGCAAGUUCGUCAGCAAGGGUAGCGACGAGUUGACCGGUGCCGACUCGGUGUUCGGCUCGCCGGCCGAGUCGAGAGCCGGGUCGCCGGAACCGACCGAGGAGAAGCAGGGGGGUGCGGAUUUGGGAAGGAAAUCGAGCGUCCAUCAGCAGGUUCCCGGGGGUGUGACGUUGGAGGGGUUCAAGAAGGCUUUGGGAGCGAACGCUAGGAAGCCCAAGAGGGACGUCGACCAGGACGCCGACGCUCAGGACGAAGACAUCUAGAGCGACUUGACCGAUGCUCCCUCAAUGUUUCCUCUCCGAUCACCCUCACAAUCACCACCAACGAUAGAUGCCUCGGGGGGUACCACAAGGUGGAGCCAAGCGCAUCAUCACGCUUUGAGUUCUGGCCGACGUGUCCCCUUCUUCCCAACCCCCUGUUUACUUCUUAUUCUCACUUCAUGUCAAGACACCUGUAUCGCUAGAACUAGAGAACGUUUCAGACGCUAUAUACAUAUAUCAGAAACCUG